AUGUCUGUAUCACUAGCGGACCCGUAUCGAGGCUUUGCGAUCAACUUUCCUCAUGCUGACAAGCCUGAUGAUCAUGAUCUGAUUGCCUACGAUGCUCGAAACAAGUUGGACGGGCUUUCUUUCCACUCCGACAGCUCUCAUCCUCCCUAUGGCCCACGCCAUCAUGCGGUGGCACCCCUGCUGCCUCAUCCUGCGCCACAGACCAACGGCUAUCAUGACCCGCAGUCAAGCUAUGUCCACUCACAUCAAAUGCUCCCACCUCCAUCGCACUACGGUUACGAACUCACGCCUCCCCAUGAUACUGGGAAGCGAAAGCGCUCUGGAUCUAACGGCGAAGCAGACGAUAAUCGACACAUGGACCACACUUAUGAAUCUCGAGAGCCCCUCCCAGCGCUGUCUAUUGAUGGCUCGACUGUUACCGAUCAAUCAGAUAGUGGAUUGUUCACCAGCCACUCCGACCCUUCUACAUCGCUCCCGGCCUCGGCACAUGGAUACGCACCUCCAAUUUCUCUUCCAGUUCCACAUCAGCAUCACCACCACCGACUUCCCGCCCAGCUACUGAGUGCUCAUGAUACGUCGCCUACAGCAUCCGGUGGUCCUCCAAGUGUACUAUCACGACUUCAACGCGCAAUGAGCGACUACGAGCAUGACAAGUGGCGGAUUAUUGCUGGGAAGGUCGGAAAUGGGUUUACACCAGCGGCAUGUCGUGAGCGAGCUGCACAUCUCCAGCCGUAUGAGUCAGUGGAGGGGUUGAGGCAGGGCCACGAUAUUCAUAGGGCUCGGGAUUCUCAGGAUGUCGAUGCCCACGCGUCGAUUCAUAGUGAUGAUACUCUAUGA